CGGCUGAGGAAUUCAUGUGGAGGUCAGAGUAGGAGCAGGUGAGAAUGGAGGGGAGCAGCCCUGGCCGGCUGCGGACGCCUUUGCAGUCCAUCUCUGCAUUCCCUUUCGCUCUUUGAGCAAGCGGGCUGCGUGUGUAGGUGUGAGUGGGUUCAGCAGAAGGAGACAUGGCUGCCAAAGUGUUUGAGUCCAUUGGCAAGUUCGGCCUGGCUUUAGCUGUUGCAGGAGGCGUGGUGAACUCGGCCUUGUACAAUGUGGACGCUGGGCAUAGAGCUGUCAUCUUUGACCGAUUUCGUGGCGUGCAGGACAUUGUGGUGGGGGAAGGGACGCACUUCCUCAUUCCUUGGGUGCAGAAACCGAUCAUCUUCGAUUGCCGCUCUCGGCCUCGUAACGUGCCGGUGAUCACAGGCAGCAAAGAUUUACAGAAUGUCAACAUCACCCUGCGCAUCCUCUUCCGGCCGGUGGCCAGCCAGCUGCCGCGCAUCUACACCAGCAUCGGCGAAGACUACGAUGAGCGUGUGCUGCCGUCCAUCACCACAGAGAUCCUCAAGUCUGUGGUGGCUCGCUUUGAUGCUGGUGAGCUGAUCACCCAGAGGGAGCUGGUCUCCAGGCAGGUGAGCGAUGACCUGACGGAACGAGCCGCCACCUUCGGGCUUAUCCUGGACGACGUGUCCCUGACGCAUCUGACCUUCGGGAAGGAGUUCACAGAAGCAGUAGAAGCCAAGCAGGUGGCUCAGCAGGAAGCAGAGAGGGCCAGAUUUGUGGUGGAAAAGGCCGAGCAGCAGAAGAAGGCGGCCAUCAUCUCUGCCGAAGGCGACUCCAAGGCGGCCGAGCUGAUCGCCAACUCGCUGGCCACCGCAGGGGACGGCCUGAUCGAGCUGCGCAAGCUGGAGGCGGCCGAGGACAUCGCCUACCAGCUUUCCCGCUCCCGGAACAUCACCUACCUGCCCGCCGGACAGUCGGUGCUCCUGCAGCUGCCCCAGUGAGGCCGGUGACACCUCCCUCCGGCCCCUCCCCCACGCCCCUACCCCAGAAAUCACUGUGACGAUUUCGUGAUUGGCUUCGAGUGAAGGAAAUAAAA